CUGCCCAACACAGGUCCUGGUGUUCCUACGGUGACAGUGCACAAUACAACAGAUAAAAAAAAACUGUUUGAUCUUGAAAUGAAUGAACAUGUACAGAAGGCCAUAAAUGACCGACAGAUGCCUAAAAUAGAAUACAGGAAAAUAGAGAUCGAUGAUUAUAACCUGCCCAUGCAGAUCCUGAAGCCAGCAACCUUCACUGACACCUCCCACUACCCUCUGCUCCUGGUAGUGGAUGGCACCCCAGGGAGCCAGAGCGUGGCUGAGAAGUUUGAAGUAACCUGGGAGACGGUGAUGGUGAGCAGCCACGGGGCAGUGGUAGUCAAAUGCGAUGGCCGAGGCAGCGGCUUCCAGGGGACCAAGCUGCUGCAUGAAGUGAGGAAGCGGCUGGGCUCCCUGGAGGAGAAGGAUCAGAUGGAGGCUGUGCGAACAAUGCUGAAAGAGCAGUAUAUUGACAAAACUCGUGUGGCCGUGUUCGGGAAGGACUAUGGUGGGUACCUGAGCACUUACAUCCUCCCAGCAAAGGGUGAAAACCAAGGUCAGAUUUUCACCUGUGGCUCUGCUCUCUCUCCAAUAACAGACUUCAAACUCUACGCCUCUGCGUUUUCCGAGAGGUACUUGGGUCUCCACGGACUUGACAACAGAGCAUUUGAGAUGACCAAGGUAGCCCAUCGAGUCUCUGCCCUGGAAGAACAGCAAUUUCUGAUCAUCCAUGCCACUGCCGAUGAAAAAAUCCAUUUCCAGCACACAGCAGAACUCAUUACACAACUAAUUAGGGGGAAGGCUAAUUACAGCUUACAGAUAUACCCAGAUGAAAGCCAUUACUUUAAUAGCGUCAAUCUCAAACAGCAUCUAUACCGAUCCAUCAUCAACUUCUUCGUGGAAUGCUUCAGGAUUCAGGACAAACUACCAACAGUCACAGCAAAAGAAGAUGAGGAGGAGGACUAACCCUUGGGUCACCCUAAGCACAAACGUGGCUCUUUCUACAACCAUAUGCAACUGAGGAAUUUCCCCGCCCCUCCCUCUUCCCUCCAAGGGCUGGGGCAGGGGGCAGGGCGUUGCCGUUCCACAGUAUGUGUGUCUCGGAUACCGAAGGCAGUUUUGCUUGGGAAACAAGCUCCUUUCCCCAGGGGCUCAUCACUCUUUCCGACCUCCACAGAGCCUGGAAUAACUCUGCAGCCACAGCAGGGCCUCAUCCUGGCCCCAGAGUGACCGGCACACCCCACAGCCCCUCCCCCAAGGAACACAGCAAAGGAUGGUGAUGGUGAGGGCCCUCAGAGCCCUCGGGAAACUGGCCCCUAGAUUCCAGCUAUCAAGCAGUAGUAUUGAGACCCACCCUCUAUGUUCCAGUUCUAUGUUCACGUUAGCAGCAUUACAUCCAGUCUGAUGUAACAGUGCCAUGGAAACAGCAAUGAUAGCACAAUUGUUUUAGCAGUACAUGUCCAUAAAUUGGCUUGCCCCUCUCUGUAAUUAAGAGAAACAGCAUUAUAAGGGGCUACACCAGGAAAACAGACCCUUUUCUGUACAAAGUAUUAUUGUAGCUGCGCUAAUGGUUAAUCUUAUAGAAUUAAUUCAUAUUUUUCUAUGGUUUUAACCUGAUGCUUCAUUGUCUCUGGUCAUGAGGUUUGUUUUUGCUGUGCUUUAAAGACAAUUUUUUUUUUGCUUUGUUUUAUUUUCCUUUCUUCAGUCAAUGUGUAGACUUGGCGCUUGUUAGAUACAGAAACAGAUCAGAAGGUUGUCUUCAGACUCUGUGGAGACAUUCUUAAACACUGAGAGGAAACAACCUCCAGUCAUAGUCACUAAAAGAGACUACAUAAAUAAAACCUCUCUCCCACUGAGCUGCAAUAGGGCUUGGCUGUAGAUUUACAUUGUCCAUUUUCAUGUGUCCUUAAAACCAUCCUUAACCUCCUUGAUAAGCUAUCAAGUCUUUUCAUAAGACAUUUGGUUAAAAAACAAAACAAAACAAAACAAAAAACAUAAGAAGACAGAGCGUCAACUCCACCCCCAGGUCUGUUGUAUGUGUUUGGGGGUCACGGGAAUCCUGAGGGGAUACGUGGGAGCGUACCAGUGUCCCUCUCCUGUCUUAGGGGUGGCUCCAUUCCCCUCCAGCUGCGAGCAGUGAGGUCAAUGUUGUGCUACGUCAGCCGUGUAAGAUACACUCUGACCAAACGUGCAGCUGGUGUUCCCAGUGUAUAUUUCAUUCUGUUGUAUAUAAAGGAAGGAAUGUAUGUCAGGCAUCUGUGCAGUUGCCCUGCCCACCUCCCGCCAGUACUAACCUUGUGUUGAGCUUGCAUGCUGACACUCUUGGCUGAUCUGGACUCUCUAGAAGUGCUAGUUUGAAAUAUAUCAAUUACCGUCAUUUCCUUUUGAGCUUGUCGACAACCUGAAUGUCAGGACUGAUUUCUCCAGCUUCUGGUCCUGCUGGGGGUGUUCUUGACAUCCUGAAAGCAGAGGAGAUGUGUCCAUGUUGCUUUUUUGGUGUUUGGGGUUUUGGAUUCAUCCACACAUGCUUUGAACUUCAGUGGUCAUUAAGUUGAAUGGAUGCGCUCCAUCACAGAAUUUUUUUAAGGUGAUCCAUCACCAUUCACUAAAAAGGAUCAAUGUGCUGACAACAGGACCGAUCUGAAUGCUACAUGAUUAUACGUUUACUAUUCAGUGGGCUUGACCGACUACAAAGCCAAGUAGGUCUGGAGGAGGAAGCCAGCUCUGGCCACCACAUCUGGUGGGAGGGAAGUGGGGAUGUGGCAUGGUAACGUUUGUUCAUCCAUGGAAUAAAACAUUAUUUUACCACUCGGA